AGGUGUUCCGAGUGACAAAAUAAAAUGGACGAAGAAGAAAAUGUAAAUAUUGGCAAAUCGAAGAGAAAAUGACAUUUCAACAAAUAUAUGUGUAAUGUGGUCCACACAUAUAAUUUCCUGAUUACAUGUAUCAGAUUUAGUUUAAAGGACAUUGAAAGAAUCGAUUCCAACUCUGAUAAAAGAAGUACAGGAAGUAGAUAACUCGCCAUGCCAGUAAAGAAGAAAGAUUUGUAUGUUGCCAAAUCAUUGAAGGCGCUUAAUGAUUUAGCUGCCCUGCCAGCCAAAAUGACAACCAAUCCAAAAAUACUGAUAAAUUCCGCUCAGAAGAUUCACAAGGAGGCGGAGUUAAAUGAGUCGCUAGGAGAUGAUGAGAAGGCCUACAUCCUGUACAUGAAGUACUUCAAUGUCGUUACGCUGGCCCGAAAACUACCCGACUACAAAAAACAAAAGGAUUACUAUGAUAGCUUGAUUGGACAGAAGAAUUUACUGAAGUCCAUUGACAAAGCGGAGGAGUUAUCCGCUAGCCUGAAAGACAGGUAUGAGUUGGCCGAGGCAGAAGAGGUGGCCAGUAAGUUAUCUCCCUUGGAGGAUAAAAGUGCACCCAAAGAGGAGCCAGUCAAAACCCCAGAGACCGAGAAACAGUCCGAGGAGAAGAAGACAGACGGUCCAGCUGAGCCAGCACCGGUGGCAGAGAGUAAGAUAACUCCUACACAGCUGUACAGUCUGCUCAACGAGAAGGACACGAGUCUCAUCGUCAUGGACGUUCGACUGACCUCACAGUACGCCGAGUCCCACAUCAAACACGAGGCCUGUAUCAGUGUCCCGUCAGAGACCAUUAAACCAGGAUCAACAGUGACCUACAUAGAGCAGAAUCUGUCGGACGAAUCCAAGAUUCUAUGGAAGAAACGAGGUCAAGUGGACCAUAUUGUACUACUGGACUGGAACUCCACCCUCAGUCAGGUUACCAUAGCAACACCCCUCCGUACACUGAAGGAUGCUCUAUUUAAGUAUGAUUCCACCGUCAUCAUCAAGAGUGAGCCACUGAUACUAGAGGGAGGGUACGACCAGUGGUUAAUGUGUUACCCCCAGCUCACCACAAACUCCAGGGUCACUAACCCCAACCAGGAGGGACCAGUCUCCUCAGCACCAUCAUUGGACUUUGAUUACCCUGACUUUGAUGAAGAUUUCUCUCCAACACCCAAACCUGUCAAGGCCACACCUGAUCUGCUGAAGCCCUAUGACCCGCUGGGCCUGACUAACAGUGUAGCCGAUCUACCUAAGCCCACAGCUCCAGCGGCUGGGAGUCUAGGCCAGCCGGGCAUUCCUUCUGUGGACAGAUCCACAAAACCUAAACCAUCCCCCGCAAACAGCAGCGUGAACCCUCCACGCAACGCUUCAGUGAACUCUCUGACGGAAGCUAAAUCUGUGUCAAUAGAAUCUAAAAAUAACUUGGUGGCUGAAGCCCAGAGGAAGGAGCAGGAGAGGAGGAAUGAGGAAGUGGAGAGGAGGAGAAAGGAGGAGGAGCUACAGGCACAGACAGAAAAGGACAAGGAGGCAGAGGAACAGGAGGCAAAGAGGAUGAAACUACAGAGGGAGAUUCAGGAGUUGGAGAGGUUAAAAAUGGAGCAGGCACGAGAUGUGGCGGAGCUAAUGAGAAAGAAAAAGGCUAUAAUGGAGGAGAAAACAACAGACACACAGACAAAGGCAGUGGAGGAUGAUAGGAAGAAAGAAUUGGAGAGGCUUGAUGAAGAAGAGAAGAAGAAGCGAAAAAAGCAGGAAGAAAUGGAGCAGGAGAAGCAGCGAAGACUGGAGGAAGUGGAGAGACUGAGGCAGGAGAGAAAGCGAAGGGAAGAGGAGGAGGCUGAAAAAAAGGCUUUGGAAUCAGCCCGAGAGAAUGCCAAACUUGAGGAUGAGCGACGCACACAGGAACUGAGGCGCGCUGAGGAGGAGGCAAAGAGGCUUCGUGAGGAAGAAGCUAGGCGAGAGGCACAGAAGAAGGCAGAGGCAGAUAGACUGGCAGCUCAGGGUAAAAAGGAGGAAGAGGAGCGAAGAGAGGCAGAGAGGAAGAGACAAGAAGAAGAGAAGAGGAAAGAGGAGGAAAGAUCAAGACAAGAACAAAUCGCAAAGAAGGCAGAGGAAGAGAAAUUGGAGAAAGAGAAACUAGAGAGAGAAAAGGCUGAGAGGGCCAGAAGAGAGGCUGAGGAGAAACUGCGUCGACUUAACUUAUCGGAGUCCCAGCCGUCCAAACCAAGAACCAUCCCCUCCCCUAACCUACCCACUGGCUGGGAAAAGAGACUGGACCCCAACACGCGGCGGUACUACUACAUCAACCACAACAAGGGCACCACCCAGUGGGAGCCACCGGUCACUCAAACAGGUCUCCCACCUGGACAGUUGUCUGUAACCAAACUAAAGGAUGAACCAUCAACACCAAAGAGAGGCUUGACACGCUCAAAUUCCUCCCCAAACAUCGCCAAGAUGUUGUUUGAUGAAGAGCAGGCUCCAAAAACUCUCCCGGUCAUCAACAGAGCGGCCAAACCUCAGCCACGUAUUGACCAGCCCCAACCAAAGCCAAGGAAGGCAGUACACAGGGAGCUGAACCCUGUCUAUGGAAAUGUGGGACGGGCACUCACAGGUCUCCGUAACCUUGGUAACACCUGCUACAUGAAUUCCACCAUUCAGUGCUUGAACAACACCUCCCCACUGGCCACCUACUUCCUGACCGACAUGUACCUGUAUGACAUCAACAGAGAGAGUCAGCUGGGUUACUAUGGAGAGAUAGCGGACGACUUCUCGGUCAUCAUCAGGGCCCUGUGGUCAGGACAGUAUAAGUGUAUCACCCCCAGGGACUUCAAGUAUGUGGUGGGGAAACACAACCCUGAUUUCGCGGGGACCAGUCAACAGGACAGCCAUGAUUUCUUGACCUUCCUGAUGGACGGGCUUCACGAAGGACUGAACAGGGUAAAGAAGCGACCAGAGAUCCCUGAGCAGGACAAUGACAAGAUGGGGGACAGCCAGGCAGCCGAGUUGGCAUGGAAACACCACCAGUUAUGUAACGAGUCCAUCAUUGUCGAACUGUUCCAGGGACAGUUGAAGUCGACCUUGAUGUGUCUACACUGUCAGAAGAUGUCGGUCAACUUCCAGGCAUUCAUGUUCCUUACCCUCCCCAUACCCCCCUCAUCCAGAUGUAGUCUUGGGGAGUGUCUUAAGUUAUUCCUGAAGGAGGAGAGGUUGACAGGAAGCAGUAGGUGGCGCUGUCCUCGCUGUAAGGUGGAUCGUGAUGCGGUCAAGAAAAUCGACAUCUGGAGACUUCCCAGAAUUCUCCUGAUAGGACUCAACAGGUUUGUGUACAAGGGACAGUGGAGAGAGAAGAUCAACAGCUAUGUGGAUUUUCCGACCCGGAACCUGGAUCUCAAUCCGUACCUGGAGGGUCCAAAGUCCAUCAAGUCCUCCUACAGACUCUACGCCACUUCUAACCACUCCGGAACUUUGGAUGGGGGACAUUACACUGCGUACUGUCGUAACCCGUGCACAGAGAAAUGGUUUAAGUACGACGACGACCACGUGUCCGAGAUGAAAGAGUCUGACGUCAGGUCCUCCUUGGCCUAUGUCCUUUAUUACACGUCAGUGGAGAUGCUACCACCCAAUUUCAGACAACAUUUCUGAGUCACCACCAAGAAUAGAAACUGUCAUCAAAUCAAAAUCAACUUCAUAGAGUGAACGUCGGCUGAAACAAUUAUCAUAUCAUCAAAUUGUUUAAAGUUGACCAAAUCUUUUGAAUAUCAUCAGGUUGAUUCCUUUGGCAUUUCCACAUGCGACUGGUUAUAUGUACAAUAUUUUGUCUGACUAAAUCAUGUCACAAGAUACAUUUAUGUGUACCGUAGUUUCAAGUGGUGAAUUUUUUCAUCAAUUUACAAUUUGUGCAAUCAUUCCAUCCCACCAGAUAGUUGGAACCUACCAGUACAAGAGAACAUGUAUGUCUACAUGUAUAUCAGGAGAAAGUCUCCAACCAAAGAUAUUCAGGAUUGACUGCAAUCAUCCAUGAAGGUGGAGUGUUGGGGUCUCCAGGUCUUUCAUGAAAGACAUCCAUUUGUUAUUAAUCUGGAGUGGGAAACCAAUUCAGACUUGAAAAAAUUGGAUAAAGAAGCACUCCUCCCCCAACCACACCCAGAUUUGUACAUAUGAUAAUAAUUAAUCUAGUCAGACUAAGCGAAUGACUGUGUACUUAAAUACAAAAUGACCUGAAGUUCAUUGAAGAACAAAUAUUUAUACAGGUAUAUUUAACUGUAUACAGUAAAACACGCUUAUAACGAAGUCCCAGGGACGGCCAACUUAACUUCCUUAUAAGCGUAAUUCGUUAUAUCCGUCAAGUUUACAACAUGAAAUAGAGACUUGGGGAAUGAAAUUCACUUCGCUGUAAGCGUCAAUUCAUUAUAAGCGUGUUCGCUAUAACCGUGUUUUACUGUAACUAACAUAUCAUUUGUGGUGGGUUCUGGGUCUUUCUUAAAGUAACGAUUAAAUGUGCGCCAUGUUUCCAUGUAGACUUCAUUUGCUUAUUAUGUCUCCCCUUUCAAAGGGGAGACAUAUUGUUUUUGUCGACUUUCUUAUUCUUCUUAUUCUUAUUCUUCUUCUUCUUAUUCUUCUUCAUCCAUAUUUGUCCAAGCCGUAACUUAAAUACCCUUUGACAUUAAGACUUCAAACUUGGAACAUAGGUAGAUGGUAUUGAGAAGGAGUGCACGCCACCAAAAGUUUUGACCUUGACCUAUUUUGUUCUUCAAGGUCAAGCAUUUCAUAAAAAAUAUUGUCUGGACCAUAACACAAGACUCCUUUAACAUACAGACUUUAAACUUGUAUCAUAGAUAGAUGGUAUAUAACCUAGUUGAACCUCACCAACAUUUUUUACCUUGACCUAUUUUUUUUAUUUCAAGGUCAUAUUAGAAAAAACUUCAUUGUUCAACUCCUGAAUAUACUUUGACAGAAGGACUUCAAACUUUAAACAAAGAACAAUAAUAAUACACGUAGGUGUACUAUUGAAUAAUAUUUGACCUUGACCUUGUUUUACUGAAGGUCAAAUUAAGAAAAAAAAAAUAAAAAAUUGUCUGGGUCAUAACUUUAAUACCCUUUGACAUUUAGACUUCAAACUUAGAACAUAGGUAGAUGGUAUUGAGAAGGAUUGCACACCACCAUAAGUUUUGACCUUGACCUAUUUUGUUCUUCAAGGUCAAGCUUUUCAUAAAAAAUAUUGUUCGGACCAUAACACAAGACUCCUUUAACACACAGACUUUAAACUUGUAUCAUAGAUAGAUGGUAUAUAAACUAGUUGAACCUUACCAAAAUUUUUGACCUUGACCUUAAAAUUUUUAUUUCAAGGUCAAAUUAGGAAAACCUUCAUUGUUCAACUCCUGAAUAUACUUUGAUAGAAGGACUUCAAACUUUGAACAAAGAACAAUAAUAAUACACUUAGGGGUACUAUUGAAUAAUAUUUGACCUUGACCUUGUUUUACUCAAGGUCAAAUUAAGAAAAAAGAAAAAAAUAAUAAAAUUUUGUCUGGGUCAUUACUUUAAUACCCUUUGACAUUCAGACUUCAAACUUGGAACAUAGGUAGAUAGUAUUGAGAAGGAGUGCAUGCCACCAAAAGUUGACCUAUUUUGUUCUUCAAGGUCAAGCUUUUCAUAAAAAAUAUUGUCUGGACCAUAACACAAGACUCCUUUAACAUACAGACUUUUAAUUUGUAUCAUAGAUAGAUGGUAUAUAACCUAGUUGAACCUUACCAAAAUUUUUGACCUUGACCUUAAAAUUUUUAUUUCAAGGUCAAAUUAGAUAAAACUUCAUUGUUCAACUCCUGAAUAUACUUUGACAGAAGGACUUCAAACUUUAAACAAAGAACAAUAAUAAUACACUUAGGUGUUUUAUUGAUUUAUAUAUGACCUUGACCAUGUUUUACUCAAGGUCAAAUUAAGAAAAGGAUGGGUCUGGGUAACAUAUAGCUGACAUUAUUCUUUUUCAAUUGUUAAAAUUGCCCCAUAUUACAAUCCUUGGGGAGAAGGGGAGACAUGUGUUUUUUUGUUAAAAAAACAAUACCCACUAGUUUUUUUUUUUUUUUGAGUUGAUGAGUAAAUGUUUUUUGACAUGGAGAUGUUUUGCAUACUUUUCUAGGGUUUUUUGCUUAUCAGUCAUCCAUAGUUGCAGUGAACUACUUUUAAAUGUCUUUUAAUGCAAGUACCAUGUAAACAGGAUCAUUCAUUCAAGUUUAAUGAAAUAUACAAAGCAUGAAAGACCCGAGUUACAAUGACCCUGGAGAUGUACUAGUUGUACUGUACAACAGCGUCGUUCAUUGAUCAGUAGCUGACCAAUCAGAACACAGCACUGUAUGUAGAGUAUGGCUGUAGCCCCUCUUUCCAUAGUUAUCAGUCACCUGACAUUGGUUGGAUAGAUAGCUUAGAUCACAUGAUUUGAGACUGAGAGCUCCUGAUCCACAUUCUCGUUGACAAAUCACCAGGCAUUGGUUGGACAGAUAGAUCACAGGGUUUGAGAACUCUGGUUCAACACUCUCAAUGACAUACAUGUAGUGGAUAAAUUUAAUUUGUGGAGUUAAACUUUCAUCAUUAUUGAUAUGUACAAGUGUACAUUAAACCUUUUGCAUUUUUAAGGCUAAUUCCCCAUACAUGUAGUGGAUAAAUUUAAUUUGUGGAGUUAAACUUUUAUCAUUAUUGAUACACGUACAAAUGUACAUUAAACCUUUUGCAUUUUUAAGGCUAAUUCUCCAUUUUGUUAAAGUUGAACUGUCCGAUCUUGUGCUUGAUUUAUGAUCAUUUGUUUUGUAUUCAGCUUCACAAUGUAAACACAGAAUUCUAUUUUAUUUCCUGACUUAUACAUGUUAUUACUGUGAUUCAUCAUUAUCUAUGGCUGUGAACAUUUGACUUUGACCACUUUUAAAGACGAUUGAAUUUGGAAGUUAUGCAUGUACAUACCGUACCUGUAAAAUGCAAAUUGACAGUCAUGCAUUUAUGUGUUAAAACAACAUGCAUGUAGUAAUUUGACAGUCAUCAGAUUAACUUGACAUUGAAGUGUGAAUUUGUACAUAACUGUGAAAUGUACACGCAUGAAGGAAAAUUUACUUAUUUAGAUUAUACAUACUCAUGAAUGUACAUAAACUGAUUAAGACCAUACAUGUACAUAUUCCUGACAAUGAUUUUAAUAAUUUGUCAACAAAGCCUGUACAUAAAGCUAUAUAAGUGUCUAUGUACAAAGUAUUAAUGUUACCUGCUCAUUUAUCGAGUGUGCUAUAUUAAUGGGAUUUUUUUUACUGACAUUAUUUGUUAUUUUAUCAGAUGUUACAUUUUUUUGAUUGUUGUAAAGAAGAGAGAUGAGAUAAUAAAACUUCAUUCUGCAUUGUAAAA